AUGUCUACUUCUCCCUCGCAUAAGGGUUCGUACAGGCCUUUGGGGGGCCAAUAUAGUGAAGAGAAAAAUGACUUUUCCACUUCUACAACUUCCUUGCCGGACUCAUCCUCUACUUGCACAAUUCAGUCCUCUUCGCCGAAAGAAGAAUUCAAAGUGAUUGAUUCCGAAUCCCAGGCCCCGUCUUCUCCCUCCUCCAAUUCUCCUUCCCGUUUGAAGAUCUUCUUUGCCAUAUCAUCUCAAAUCUUUUUUGCAAUCCUCGUCACCAUCUUGAAUAAGCAAGCCCUCAAUGUGGUGCGAGCUCCUCUGUUCAUGCUUUCUCUCCAAAUGGCCUUCACGGCCAUGAUGGUCAAAAGCUACUGGCGUUUUUCUUCCAAUGCCUCGCAAACUCUCGAUCUUUCUUCGGUGAAGCAAUUGAAAAAGUUCAUAUUCGUAAAAAUCCUGGGCAUCGUAUGCAAAACGUACUGUCUCUCAUUUGUGCCGGUCUCGUUUUACCAAAUAUCCCGCGGAUUGCUUUUGCCCUUUACGAUUUUGCUUUCCUACUUGCUGCUUCACCAAAAGACACACGCUUUUCCUCUCGUUGGAUGCUUUUUUGUCAUGCUUGGGUUUGUUUUUGGCGUCCAGUUUGAACAACACGUUCCCGCCAUUGGGAUCGUAUUGGGCAUCUGGAGCUCGUUGACCACGGCCAUCGAGUCGGUCGCUGUGAAGCACUACGUUCACGAGUUUCCCACAUUUGAUCUCAUUUAUAUAUUUGCAACGUAUAUGUCUGGCUUUUGUUUUUUUCUUUCCGUUUUCUCUCUUGAACUUUACAGCGUCGUUCAAACCGUGAAUGGAGCGCAGGUAGCCAAGUUUUCACUGAUCCUCCUUGCAUCCUCUUGCUCCAACUUUUAUUUAAACAUUGCAACCUUUACCCAAAUCAAAGUCACCUCUCCCGUUUCGUACAUGAUUUCUGUUGCUACCCGCGGCGUUCUCCAGACGCUUUUUGCUGUCGCCUUUUUACGAGAAACUCUUUACAUGAAUCGCAUUUAUGGUGUCGUACUCAUUCUCGGAGGUACCACCCUUUACACGCUUGCAAAGGAACGCGAACGCCGUCUGGCAAACUAUAUUUGA